AUGCGGCCUAUACUGGAGCAACCUCUAUUGUUCGAGAAGCGUGUCGAAAUUGUGAAGAUCAUACUGGACCACACUCCGGCCGAUCGCUUCAAAAUGGCUAUUUUGGCCGAGGAUGCUCUCGGAGAUACUCUUAAUAUCCGAUCAAUCAUAUACUGGGCUCUGAUCCAUAACAAUGCAGAGCUUGCAAAGCUUGCUGUGCGUGCGGGGGAUAACCCCAAAUUGGAUCACAAAGGGGAUCGACAAUAUGCAACAUGGUUGCAUGUAAUUGCAGGUCUAGGCAAUGAACACUUGCUGGAGACAGAUCCGAGUUGGAGGAGCGAUGUUCUGUCAAAAAAAACAGAUCAAAUCAUGCCAUUGCAUGUGGCAGCCAAGAUGGGUCAUUAUGGAAUGACAUGGAAACUUAUAGAUACUCUUGAGCGUUCACCACCUUCAAAUGAUGCCCCGCGAAGCUCUGGUGUUGAUAAGGUACUGCAGGCUCUGAUUCAGGUGACCAACAAGGGGGAGGAUAUGAUUUCACUAGCUUCGGCCAGAAAGGGAGAAUCAGGCCUCAAGUUGAAAGAGUCACUUGUCUCAAAAUUGAUGAAAGUCACGGAGCCAAACAGCGACACCGAUCUUGUGAUCAACUUUGCGGCUAGAAGGUACGCUGCGGGUGAAAGAGAAUAUUCAAGAAGGCUUCUGAAUCGUCUCAAACGAGUUCCUUCUCGGCGAGGAGAGUCGAAAGGGGAGAUUGAACAGAACCCCUUGGAACUGGCUGUCUACAACAAAUUCCCCGAUACGGUCUCAUAUCUUCUUGCCAGUGGCCUGUAUCUUGACCCAAGGCACACAAAAAAGUGCAAAGAUGUCAUGCGGUUUUGGGACAAUGAUCUCUGCGAGGAAGAGCAAAAGAAGGCCGAUCUGAUCAAAGAGCUACUGAAGAGCCCACCGCAGGUUGAAAAAUGCCUGAGACGCAAGAUGAGCACUGAUGAAUCAUUUUCAGAGCUUUCAAAUUCUCUUUCCAACCCAAUCAAUGGAGUUGUUGUUGAUAUCUCGGCUUCAAAAGACCAAGUCACCUACAAGGUGAAGCAAAGCACUAUGGUGGAGAUAAUCUAUCGCAAGGGGCCUGACAAUGUGUUCAGCCAUGGCCAGAACGAAGUGACCGCUGGAAGUGCCAGUGAGAGAUAUACCGGAACCCUAGGCUACAACUUGAGGGGAAAGCCGAAGGAGCUCUGGUGGACCAGCAACCUGGGGAUGAAAGCUUCAGCUUGCUCUGAUGCAAGGUAUCGGUGGAUACAUAUCCUCACGAAUGAUGAGCUUAUGUUUCGAAUAGUGGAAGACAAAGGGCAAGAUGGGGCCGCAUAUCGUGAGCUGGUUAGGAAGAGCUGGACGAAGAUUGCCUCUGCAGGACCAGACUCACAUCUGGAGACAAAGCCUCAUUUCCAGAUCGAGGAGAAAGCCGGGAGUGAUACGCAACUCCCUAGAAUGACCUCUAUCUAUGUGUAUGCCAUAUCUGGCGUGGAGAUGGUACUUGAAAAAAACAAACAGAAGGAAGAUUCAAUAUACUCUGCUGAAAGCAUGAGUCAUCCGUCUCUUGAUUAUCGACGACUGCAUGACGGUGUUAUUGCCAUCCAGCGCAACGAUCAACUCCCUAAAGACCUCGACGCCGCGACCUUGGAUGAUCCAAGGCAUGAAAAAAUCAUCCAUACAUUGAGUCCAUACGUCGACAAGACUGUAGGGGGAAGUUUCAUUCAUCAGGUUCCUGUCGUUAAUCAACUGCGGUUGUGGAUCAUUGACGGCGAGCCACUUGAGAAUAUGCAGCUAAACGACUUGCGAUUAAGGAAAAAGCAGUUCUUGGAGAUAGUCGCCGCCCAGGCCAUCAAGUCGCGACAAAACAAUCUCGCCGAUGUCUCACAUCUCCGAUUCACCUUUCCUCCCGCAAAAAACGCCCGGCCGAAGCGCUUGAGGAAAUGGGGGAGCAAAUUAUUUGACAUCAUGCGCUUUCUACCAAGGUCAAUGGGAUCAGGUAUACCAGUCAGCUGGAGCAUCCUGUCCCUUGCAGUGCUUGAACGGCGUAAUUCAAGGCGAAUAGAUUUCAAAAGCUUUGUCAACGCCCUAGGACUUGAUGGGGGAGAGCAAUGGAAAGCGUUGAACAAGACAGAGUCAAAGAAACUGCGUCGCUGGAUGAAGCAGAUAUGCACGGAAUGGAAUCAUUCGCUUUCAGAAAAUCCCUACCAAAAUAUUUCAAAUGAGACAACUCUGAUGCAUCAAGUGGAGAAAGCUGUGGAUGAGCUCAAGAUCUUACGUGACAUCUUCUGUGACCAAAAGUAUGUGGAUGAUCUCUGGAGAGGUGAUGGGAAAGGAAUACUCUGGAGUCGAUCUAUCACCAUUACCGAGAGGUUGGAAACUAGUGAGACCUUGAUUCAACAGGCCAAGUCCCUGCAAACCAUCUUACAGGGGCUACUUGAUCUUAAGCAGAAGCAAGCUUCCAUCAUUGAAGCACAAUUCGCUCAUAGACAAAGUGAUACAGUGAUGGUUUUUACUGUAGUUACAAUCAUAUUUCUACCUGCUUCAUUUCUGGGCAGCCUGUUUGCAUUGAACGUGGAUAAAUUCCCUCACGAAGAUGGGAAUUUGGAAUUUGGCCUACCGCGCGAAGUGGAUUUUCCCUAUAAUAUGUGA